CCAAAAUCCGAUAGAGAAUCAAAUCUUAUUGAAUCGCCGUGAGAGAAAGAUAAAUCUAGUGACCGACCGAGCGGUUCUGAGUGUUUCCCAAAUAAAACCAUGAAGUGUGGUGGAAGACAGAGAGGUAGUACCCAGAGCAGCCCCCAGAUGGGUUUCGAUUCGUGAUCUACGAUCUGCGACCUACGACCAACCACCACGAUGCGCCAUCGCCGCCGCCACAUCCAUCCGUCUUAUUCCGAAAUACGAAAACAAAAAAUCAUAAGAACAAAUCGAUCAGAAUCGAGCCUAAGAACACUAGAAAACACCAAACUAAAACCGAAAAUCAGAAAGCAGACGAUGACGAUGGACGAUGAUGAGCUGCCCGGGUCAAAAAGGCCAGCCUACGUAAGCUGAUUAUGAAAAGACGUAGGCUGGCCUCUUGCGUUAGGUAUUUAAUUUUCUCUGCUAAAAAAAACAUUCACAAUUUUUUACUAUAAACAAUAUUAUAUAAAGAAUUGUCAAAUUCCUUAUAGCCAAUUGUGAGUGUGAGGGCGUAAAUCGAAACAAUCGAGUACGGUUUAGAGAUGAGAGAAGCUUGCGUUCGCUAAUUCUGAGAUGAGGAUGUGAUGGUCUUGGCGACGAUGAUGAGAUGGGAGAUGAGCAUAUUACGAUGAUCGAUCGAUGAUGAUGACGAAUGCUGAUCGCGCGUUUUGUUACCAACUUCGGCUAGUGCCUCCGAACUUAGUCCUUCCCCCCAAUUCCCGGUUCUUCUUCUGGCUACCGGCUACCGGCUAUCGGCUCUGGCUCUGGCUUACGGCUAACGGCUCCCGGCUUCCGUCUCCGGCUGAGACUACCGACUAGACAACCAACCUGUUGGAGCAGCAAGAGAGCAGCGUCUCGAAACGUAUUUCUUAUUUUUGCAGUUCGUUUGUGCGUGAGGCGCCGAAGCCGCUGGUUGUUGUCCGCCACUGCCCGGCAAAACUGCUUCAAAUGCUCCACUCUCCGGCUCUCUGGUGCGGUGGUUCUGGCCAGCGAUGUCUGCCUCUGUAAUCUGAUCUGACCUCCUGACUGUAUCCGGUGUGUGGCAGGCUCCCCCGAAACAUAAAACCGAAAUCGCUACCGCAACACUUGAAUACUCUUUUUUUUGCCAUUUAUAAUAUGAUUCUGUUGUACAUGGAAAAACAUAUAACAAAAUACUAAGUACCAAAACCAAAACACAAAACCAAAGUAAUGAAACGAAACGUAAACGAGGUCUGGCCAUCAAUCCUCUCAUCCGCCUGACUGGCCACUGGUUCACUGGCUGCCUAGGUGCCUGGCUGCCUGGUUGAGUUAACGAUGUUCGAUCGGACUUUCGAUGGGAGGUCAUGAGGUGUCUUGGUGUCAUUGGCCCACAGUUACUAGGCAGACAAUCUAAACUCUCGGUGUAGAAACGAUGUGUGUGUCCUCCUCUCUCUGAAAGCGCAUUAAGAUCUUAAGGAUUACAUGCGUCAGGCUGGCGAGGUCACCUAUGCUGAUGCUCACAAGCAGCGCCGCAAUGAAGGCGUGGUUGAGUUUGCCUCGUUGUCAGAUAUGAAAACGGCCAUUGAGAAGUUGGAUGAUACCGAGCUAAAUGGUAGGCGCAUUCACCUGGUCGAGGACCGUCGUGGAGGACGCAGCGGUGGUGGUGGUGGCGGAGGACGUGGACGCUCUCGUUCAUCUAGCUCGCGUUCGCGAUCUCGUUCCCGCAGGCGCUCUCGUUCCCGCCGUUCGUCGCACUCGCGCUCCAAGUCGCGCAGCCGCUCCAAGUCCCGUGGCGGACGAUCCAAGUCCAAGUCGCCAGUCAAGUCUCGUUCUCGUUCCCGCUCGCGUUCAAACAAAUCACGCGACGUAUCCAAGUCCAAAUCGAAGUCCCACUCCCGCACACGCUCCCGUUCACCCAAACGUGAGCGUGACUCCCGUUCCCGCUCACGCUCUGUUUCCAAGCGCGAGUCUCGUUCCCGCUCACGUUCCAAGUCCAAUCGCCGCGACUCUCGUUCACGCGAUCGAUCUGCAUCGGCUGACAACAAGUCGCGUUCACGUUCUCGAUCCCGUUCGGCCUCGCCCAAAAAUGGAAACGCAUCACCGGACCGCAAUAACGAGAGCAUGGACGAUUAGAUUAGUUAUUAGCUGUCCCCCCAUUAAUUAUAAAACACUUGAUUUUAGACUUCUACUAUAAACUAUUCUACGAACAUCAAACAACACUCAGACACCCUACUUAUUUACACUGCGUCACACUCUUAAACCAAAUCUAAUGAAAAAAAUGAAAUCAUAUAAAAAUCCACAA